UUGAUUUUUUAAAAACCAAACGCAGAAAUGGCUGACAAUUUGGACGUUUUCGAGAAUAGGCUAGAACUGUUAGAGACCAGGGUUUUUGGUGGUUCAAACAAAGAUGCACACUAUCCAAAGGAAUCCAAACCCUCCAAGUGUACCGACGUCCUGGCCAAUGUACAGACAAACCUGACAAAGGCGGUUGCAGGGAAGAAGAAGAUCAACAGAAUAUUUGAUAGAUUGCCAGAGCUGAAGGAAUGCUUGGAUCCAGCUAGAGCAGAUGAGAUGACUUUGUCAGAAGCUGCCAAAACUGAAAUUAUACUUGCAGAGGAAGAUUUCCUGUUACAGCAGUCAGCACGACUAGAGACAUUGCAACAACUACAGGAUACACUGGAUAGUGAACACAUUAAAGCUGUUCCAAGCCUGACAGGUAAACUUCAAGAUCUGAGCCAGUUAACGAUUAAACAACAAGACGAGGCUGGCAAACUGUCUGAGGAAAUAGAGAGCCUGCUAUCCACUUAUAAUGCUAUUAUAACACUUUUGUCAAAGCAGUUCGUAAAAUGGGAUGAAACUGUCACAAAAAUUGAACAGGCAAAGAGUUCACAGAAAGUUUUGGACUGAUAAAGAAAUUGAUGACAUUAUUUAUUAUGUAGAAAAGGAAAUGGUAAUUAAUUUAUUUUGGAAAUUGGUAGGCUUGUAUCAAGUGAAGUGACGGAGUUACUUUUCCAGGCUGACAGACAGAGUUACUUUUCAAGGCUGGCAUAAACAAUAUCCUUUAGACCAUAUAUAUGGAGGUGAUACUUUUGCUUUUCUUCUGAAUUCCCUUUUUGUUGAAAACAAAAAUUGAAAUGCAAGUUGGCAGAUUAUGUCAGCUAUGUGCAAAUUGCAAAUUUUGUUAAAAGGUGUUGGGGUGUAUCCUCUGAUUUCCUCAUUUUUAGUCAAUGAGCAAUCACGUCCAUGACAUCAUUCAAUGAAACAACUGUAAUUUUGGGCAAUUACAGAACAUUUUGGGGACCAGUUAUAAGUUACAAUGUUCCAGUUUUUACCAACAUGCAUUUUCCUGUAAUACAAAUUCUCGGUGUAUUAAAGGAGCCAACCUCAGUAUUAAUGUAAGAUCUUAUUACAAAAUGUAUGAAUAAUUUUGGAUGACUAGAUCAUUACUUUUGAGUAGGGAUGUCAAUAUUUCUAUAAUUGAGCCGUGCCAUGAGAAAACCAACGUAGUGCAUUUUCUACCAGGAUGGGUCCAGACUAGCCUGCGCAUCUGCCCAGUCCAGUCAGGAUCCCUGCUGUUUGCUUUCAAAGCCUAUGGUAAUUAGAGAAACCAUUAGCGAACAGCAUGGAUCCUGGCUGGUCCAACUAAUUUGGAAAUAUUGAGAUAAUUUUUUCAUAUGGGCAAUAUCCCCACUCGCGUCAAACACUCGAAAGACCAAAAUAGUUGAAGCAAUUUCGGAUGAAAUUUUCAUCGCUGCCGACCCUUUACAUGCUACAGCUUUAAAUGCCGAUUAUUUCACGAAUUGGCCAUAAAUUAGAAAAAUACUUAAUGUAUCGAAAUGGGAUUCAAGUCCUCAUUAAUUGUGUAAAAAUUAUCAAAUAAUAUCCAGAAUUACAAAUUUUCUGGUGAUUAAACCUGUGUAUGUACUACACAUGAUUAACGUUUACCACGUGUCUACACACCAAUAUGCGCAAGCGGUAAAACCAAUAAGUUUAUAUGACUGUGUAUUGUGAUUUAUCCUCCAUUAUUUUGGUCCUUCAAAGUUUUGACGUUUAGUUUGCCCGUCACAAAUAUAAAACAAUCUGAACGUCGGAUCAUUUUGAUUAGGAUCCUGGCCAGACUGCGCGGAUGCGCAGGCUGGUCUGGAUCCAUGCUGGUCGCAAAUGCACUAUGUUGGUUUUCUCAUGGCGUGGCUCAGUUAUCUAUUAAGUUUAUUGAAUAAAAUAUUUUUGUAGAUUGGUGGUGGUCACAGUAUACAAUCUGAAAUUAUAAAUUUUUCUAAAAUUUUAAAGAAAAAUUUGAUAGAUAUUUUAGUGAUUUUACUUACUGAUAAUCAAACAUUUUAAUGGUUACCCGUUGGCAUCCCAAGUUUUGAAAAAAAACUAAAAGAAAGGAGUUCUUCUGGAUUUUUUAUAUGGCUGUUUUAAAAUUGUCCAUGGUUAAAGAACUAUUUGCCCUUUGUACUUUUUUUUUCAAGGAAACUUUGAAGCUUAUACAGUCAUGUUUUAUUUUAAGAAGUAUAAUUUAAGUUGGUACAAUAAUCAAUAAUGUUGAAUUUUUACCAAGAAGUAUUUAGAUUCAAUUUUGUCUGAACCACAGUCAUUUUUGAAGUUCGUGAUUACGAGCCUGGAUUACAAAAAAAAAUUACUCUCUUCCCGUGUUUUAAUUUUUUAAAAGAAUUAUGUUUCAUCUGUUUGGAUUAAAGAAUAAAGUGCUUAUGUAAAAUUUGUUCUAAUUUGAUUUAUAUUAAAAGUACCUGAAUGACAUAUUGGAUUAAUCUUGUAUGUGUUGUUUUUUGAGUAUAUAUAGGUAUUUACUUUUAAAUGUGCAAUAAACUUUACAGCUGA